AUGGCAGACCCCCCUGGCUGCUGCCACCCCUGUGCCACCUGCCUGCUCUGCCUUUACAGCUGCCACUGGAUCACUGCCAAGAAGGAGAAGAGGAAGGGCCUGAGAACCACCAAGUGUGACUGCAGCUGGUUCCUUUUCCUCUUCUGCGUCUUCCUCUUCACACUGGUGUGGCUCUACUUUGCCAUCAUCAUCCUCAAUGAUUUCCACAACUUCAAUGAGUUCAUCUUCAAGCAGAGGAAGUUGUGGCUAGACUGGUCCCUGGUCCUGCUCAUAGCUACGGCCGUGCUGGUCACUUACUCAGCCACACUGCUGGUCCUUGCUUUGUGCUUGCAGCUCUGCGGCCAGCCCUUGAAGCUACACUGGCUGCACAAGACUCUGCUGAUCUUAACUGCCCUGGUGGUGGCUGCAGCCUUCACAGGGCUGGGAAUGAAGUGGGCGGAGGAGUGGAGAAGUGCACGUGUCUCCCUGCAGGCAACAGGUCCGUUCCUGCACAUUGGAAUCGUGGGGGGAAUGACGGUCCUCGCCUGGCCACUGGCUGGCUUCAUCUACCAUACCCGCAACACAGGUCUCAUGUUGUUUCUGCUGCUUGUGUACUGCAUGGCGAUGAUUGCGCUGUAUCUGGCUCCCCUGGGAAUCACUUCCCCUUGCAUCAUGGAGGAGAACCAGUUGCCCCCCAAGCCAGCCCUGGUUGGCCACCGAGGAGCCCCCAUGCUGGCCCCCGAGAACACCAUCAUGUCACUGCACAAGGCAGUGGACUGUGAUGUGCAAGUCUUUGAGACAGACGUCAUGGUGAGUGCUGAUGGGGUCCCAUUCCUCAUGCAUGAUGAAGAACUCACCAGGACCACCAAUGUGCAGGCUGUGUUCCCCGAGAGGACUGCCCUGAACAGCACUGCCUUCAACUGGACAGACCUCCAGAAGUUGGAUGCUGGCAGCUGGUUCCUGGAGCGGAGGCCAUUUCCCACAGUGCAGAGUCUUUCUGCUGGCGAUCGCAACCAGGUGACUGAACAGAGGAUCCCAUCGCUGCAACAGGUGCUAGAGGCAGCCAAGCAGAGCAAUAUCUCCAUUAUGUUUGACCUCCGGCCUGAGAACCACAGUGACUACCAGAGCUUUGUCAAUGCCACCCUGAAAGUGAUCUUACAGUCAGGCAUCCCACUACAGCAGGUCCUCUGGCUGCCAGAUGGUUUCAGGGAACAGGUCAAACAGCAAGCCCCAAGCAUUCAGCAAGUUUACGGCCGGAAGAGACUCCAGAAUGAGGAGCCACUGCUGCGUGUCAAUCUGCCUUACCAAGACAUGAGCUCUGAGGAGAUCAGGCAGUACCGCCAGGACAACAUCUCUGUCAACUUGUACGUGGUGAACCAGCCCUGGCUGUUCUCCGUGCUGUGGUGCUCUGGGGUGAGCUCUGUCACCACCAACGCCUGCCAGGUGCUGAAGGAGAUGAAACACCCUAUCUGGCUGCUACCCAGCAGCACAUACCUCAUGAUCUGGAUUGUUGUAGACUGCACUUCCUUCCUUGCCAUCCUCUGGGCCUUCUUCUUGCUGAAGAAAUGCUCCCAGAGAAGACGGCCCAUGGAGUCAGAGACGGACGUGCUGCUCACAAAGAUCAACAGCUUGAUGCAAGAGUGA